CUCCCACCUCUCCUCCAUAUCCAUCCUGCCAGCUGACUCAACCGAUAUCAUUCAAAGAAGCAUCAGAGCAGCGGUGGAGCAUCACUUCUUAGAGCUGAAAAGCUCCAUCACCCACGACCUCAGCAGCUACGACAGCCAGGGGGUAAAUCCUACUGAGCCAGAAGACCAUGGAAAUGAAGAGCACCAAGCUGACCCAGAGGACAGGCUCUGCAGCCCGGGAGAGGAUGCUCAACCGCCAGAGCAACACCAGCAACCGACCAACACACAGGACUCUCUUGGUUCUGUCACCUCCAUGGAAGAGGGCUCAGGAAUGGACAUAGAUGCCAAGGCUGCCAGAGAUGCUGACAACAACUUCAACACUGCCAGUCAGGACAAUCAGCCGCUUGACAGCAUGGAGCAGACUAUCACAGUGAUCAGUGACUCUGACGUGUCCUGCUGCGACCAGAAUGCCAACACCAGCGAGUCCCACAGGAACCAACCAUCGUCAUGCCAACAGAACCCCGUCCAGGACUCUCACCUGCAGCUUUUCCCUGACAACCAGUGGGAGGCAUCACCCCCAUCCCAUCUCCACCUUCCUCCCAUCGACUUCUCAUGUAUGCACCUGCAGAAGGAGGGUCAGGACCCGGUUCCAGCGUUCAAAUCAUGGCAGGACGACAGUGAAAGUGGAGAGGCGCAGCUCUCCCCGCUGGCAGGUCGCAUAGUUCCUCUCCCCCCGCUGCCCCUGGAGGAAGGCGGCGAAGAAGAAGAGGGGGGAGGAGUUCAAGAUGACUCCCUCUCUUCGUCUCGCACACACCCCCUCAUCCUGGCGCGCCGCUUCCUGGACUUCGGAGCCCACAGCACCCACCGUUUCCUCCAGGACUCAGACGCCACCUCACCCACCAAAGCGCCGAGGCCGAGGCGGGCGUCGUUUGGCUCCAGAGACGUGAUGAGAGGAGAUUCUGUCACCCAUCAGCUCACAAAGAAGCUUCAGCAUCUGAAGAAGAAAAUCAAGCAGUUUGAAGAGCAAUUUGAGAAGGAGAGGAACUACAAGCCCUCCCACGCAGAAAAGGCAGCUAACCCCAAAGUCCUCAAAUGGAUGACGGACCUCACCAAGAUCCGCAGACAGAUUAAAGGACGCCAGCACCACCUUUUACCCAGAAGCACGCUGAGGCACCAGGCUUUGCUCCAUUCACACAGACGCCACCAUGCUCCCACCUCCCCUUCCUCCUACUCCUCCUCCUCUAUCUGCUCACCUCCCUGUCACACUCUCACCCCCCUGCUCCACCCCUGCUCAGGCCUCAGCUGUAGACCAUUUGACCUCAAUGCCAAACACUGUGCUGAGAGUGAGCUCGGCCCGCAAACUCGCCCCCGUAGCAACACCCUGCCCAAGAGCUUCGGCUCCACUCUGGAUCAAGGCCUCAGCGACACAGCAGUGGAGGUCCGAGGCGCCCACCCCACCAGGGAGGAAACGCUGGACCUCAUUCAGAGGAGGGUCAAAGGCAAGCGGCAGGAGGACGGCUGGCCAGACGACAUCAAGAAAAUGACCAAAGAACAGCUGUCCUGCGAGAAGAUGGUCCUACAGAAAAACCUGCUGCACUACGAAGGCCUGCACGGUCGACCUGUCACCAAGGAGGAGCGUCUGGUGGUGAAGCCUCUGUACGAGCGCUACCGGCUGGUCAAACAGAUGCUCACCAGAGUCAGCAUCACACCCGUCACCGUGUCCCCCUCCAGCAAGAGGCGGACCCAAACCCUCCAGCCAAUCAUCGAGGGCGAAACCGCCCAUUUCUGGGAGGAGUUUAAGGAAGAAGAGGAGGAGGAGCAGCAAAAGGCUGCGGAGGAGGAGGAGAGGGAGGAGGAGGAUGAAGAGGAGGAGGAAGGGGAGAGCAGCGGGGGGGAAAUGCAAAGCCCCGAUGUCAUCAUGGCCUUUGACAGCGGCACGCCCACCGACGUGUCCGUGAGGAGCCAGAACCCCGCGGACGGACAGAGCCACUGUCCAAUGACCGACAAGAUGGAGGAGGGGUCGGGGAGGCUGGCUCUGGACCUGCGGCUGUCCAGCUCCAACGCCUCGUCCAUGCCAGAGCUGCUGGAACAGCUGUGGAAGGCUAGAGCAGAGAAGAAGAAACUGAGGAAGACCAUCCGGGAGUUUGAGGAAGAUUUUUAUCAGCAUAAUGGACGGAACGUCCAGAAGGAGGACCGGGUGCCCAUGCUGGAGGAGUACAGGGAGUACAAGAGAAUCAAAGCCAAGCUCCGCCUCCUGGAAGUCCUCAUCAGCAAACAGGAUUCUUCCAAAUCCAUCUGAUCCUUCCUCAGAAAACCGCUCUCAUCGCACAUUUUAGCCGCCGUCACUGCAGAGACCCCACCUCCUCCUCCACCUCCUCCACCAGCAGCCUCCACCUGUUUGCUGAAACAAACUGUGAAUCGCCGAGUCGGUUGACCGGCGUCGAGAACAUGCAGAUGUUUCCUUCAGCGUGACGUCACUCCGCCGCCGCCAUCACGUCAUAUCACCGUCAUCAUCAGACUGUUUGCACUCGUGUGGAUUGUUUUAUCACAGAAAAAAAGAGGAUUUGUGACUUUUGAUGUGAGGAAGUUUAGUUGUUGGACAGCAGAGGACUGGCAUUUUAGACCCUCCUUCUUUUGGAAGGUUCACACUGAAAACGCCGCUUCACCUUUUAAACCUCCACUCUUGUUUUAGCUGAUUUCUAAAAGACUAAACCGUGACGGACUGAAGCCGGCGUCCUCCACCACACACUGUUGUUGUUUUGUUUUUUUACCGUCACUUUUCAGACGCGCCGGUCCUUCCUAAGGCAGAGAGCUGUUUUCCACGGAUGCUUGGAGCUGAGUUGAGCUCAGAGUCGUCAUACCUGUGUUACUUUGAGGUGAAAGGGGCGGAGCUUCCUCCAUGUCUUCUUUGCUUUUUUUCUCUGAAUCCAGCAGCUUGUUGACUGCUGCGUCGUAAGUGGAAAAGAUCUGAUCAGAUCCGGAGAAGUCUGAUUUCCUGCUGGCAGGUGAAGCGAGAAGCGAAGGCGCCAACAAGCUGGUCUUCCUGUUCCCAGGCUUUGCUCAGAAGGCGUGGGCGGAGCCACGCCGUGCGUAGGAACUUUGGGGCUGAGUGUUUGUUGGGACUCUGAUGUAAAAAGAUGUUAUUUGCACAGCAUUCACAGAAUGCAGCCCCCCCGUGCCCCCUCCCCUCCUCCCAGUUUUGCAUUUGGAAAAAUGAAGCACUACUUGUAUAUGGAAACACUGAACGAAGAAAAAAACUCAAAAACAGUGAAUGUCAGAGAUGUUUAAAUUAUUAUUUCAAGGCUAUCCCCUUUUUUUGUUUGUUUUUGUGACCCCGCCCCCUGUAAACCCCGCCCAGCUUCUUCUUUGUGUGUACUCACCCUCUGUUAACCAGCUGUAGAUGUUAGUUUUGGCCGUCGGCGCCGCAGAUCGCACAUGAAGCUGCUGCGUCGGCGUUUUGUCGCUCUGUGUAAAAUAAGCUAAACUAGAAGCAGUACUGUAGUGAGCUUGCAUGGCAACAGAGAACAUAAUCGUACGACAAAAGAAAAUCGGAAAAAAAAUCACACAUGUAUUGUUUUCACUAUUUGUGCCAUGAAGAAGCAGCAAUAAUAAAAGUUUGCGUUGGAUGUUUUAACCCAUGUGGGGGCGUGGACGACAGUC